AUGUCUAUUCACUCUGUCGUCGAGGACGAAGACAUUAGAAGAGUUCCCAUCCCAGAUGAGGUCUACAACUAUAAGAUUGUGCUUUUGGCCAUCACCGCCGCAUCGGCUGCCAUCAUUAUUGGUUACGAUGCUGGUUUCAUUGGAGGAACUGUUUCGCUUGCAUCGUUCCAGAAAGAGUUUGGCUUGGAUAAAAUGUCCACUAGUGAGAAGCACGAUGUCGAGGCCAACGUCGUGUCUGUUUUCCAGGCCGGUGCCUACUUCGGAUGUCUUUUCUUCUACCCUGUGGGUGAGCUCAUUGGUAGAAAAUUCGGUUUGAUUGUGUCUGGUUUCCUUUUGACUUUUGGUGCUGCUAUCUCCCUUGUUGCUAACGGUGACAGAGGUCUUGGUGCUAUUUAUGCUGGCCGUGUAUUGACUGGUCUUGGUAUUGGUGGCUGUUCUGGUUUGGCUCCUAUCUAUGUUUCUGAGAUCUCGCCUGCUGCCAUUAGAGGUAAGUUGGUCGGCUGCUGGGAAGUGUCUUGGCAAGUCGGUGGUAUCGUCGGAUAUUGGAUCAACUACGGAGUUUUGCAGAACAUCCCAAACAGCACAAAGCAAUGGCUCAUUCCUUUCGCUCUUCAGUUGGUUCCUUCUGGUGUUUUCUGGGCUUUGUGUUUUUUGUUGCCUGAAUCUCCUCGUCUUCUUGUCAGUAAAGGUCAGAUCGACAAGGCUAGAAAGAACUUGGCUUACUUGAGAAACUUGCCUGAGGACCACCCAUACUCUCUCCACGAAAUGGAGAACAUCUGCAAGUCCAUCGAGGACAACUUCAACGAGACCGGUAGAGGAUUCUUUGCUCCAAUCAAGGCUUUGUUCACCAGCAAGAAGUUGUUGUACAGACUUUUGUUGUCCACUUCUUUGUUCAUGAUGCAGAACGGUUUCGGUAUCAACGCUAUCACCUACUACUCUCCAACCAUUUUCAAGUCUCUUGGUGUCAAGGGUCCCAACGCUGGUUUACUUUCCACUGGUAUCUUCGGUAUUUUGAAGGGUGUUGCUUCUGUUUUCUGGGUUUUCUUCCUCGUUGACACUUUGGGUCGUCGUGUCUGUCUUUGCUUCAUUGCUAUUCCAUGUUCGCUCUGUAUGUGGUACAUUGGUGCCUACGUCAAGGUGGUCGACCCUACUGCCAAGCUUGCCAGCGGUAAUCUCGAGACCACAUCUGCCGGUACUGCCGCCAAGGCCAUGAUCUACCUUUGGACCAUUUUCUACGGUUGCACCUGGAACGGUACUCCAUGGGUUAUCUGUGCUGAGAUCUUCCCACAGUCUGUUAGAACCGUUGCUCAGGCCGUCAAUGCUUCCUCCAACUGGUUCUGGGCAUUCAUGAUUGGUCACUUCACUGGUCAGGCUCUUGAUAAGAUUGGUUACGGUUAUUACUUCUUGUUUGCUACCUGCUCUUUGGUUUUCCCAAUCGUCGUUUGGUUCGUCUACCCAGAAACCAAGAACAUUCCAUUGGAGGCCAUCGACUACUUGUUCGAGGUGCCAGCUUGGAGAGCACACAAGUACGCUCUUGAGAAGUACGAGGUUGAGUUCAACAAUGGAACUUUCCACCACGCCGAUGAGGUCCAACAGCUGGUUGAACUGGACGCUGUUGAGAAGCUCUAA